GAACAACUACUUCCCCCCUAUUCUUGGCGGUUUGAUCGGUUCCCAGUGCCCGAGAGUAAUUCGAUAGAUUGUUGUACAUACAUAUACGGCAUAUCCGUUUUUUUCUGCUGCCCCCCCCCCAGUUGACGAUAUAUACCUCAUAUACGGGACCCGUACCCGGCAGCCAACCGCGACACUAGCUUACGAGAUUUGUGAUACUGAAAGCAAGCCUCCCUGUUCGCCUAGCACGGCUCUGGACACCAAAAUCUAUUUAUCUCCCAUGCGCCAUUGUGUUCGCAACGUAAAACCCAGAGCUUGCUUCUACCAAGGCGACCAAAGACCACGUCAAAUGCCCGGAAAACACCAAAACCUAGCCAUCGCAACUCGAGGCUCCUCGCUCGACCUGUGUUUAAGCCCAAAUAGUAAACACUCAGUUGCUGCAAGACAGGCAAACGCCGUCAAAAAACUGAAUCAUACAAGAACAAAGCCCUUGCGCCCUUUGGCAAAAAUGGCUACCGUGUCGAUAACAAGCGAUCUGGAGCCAUAUCUGGCUUCCCUCCGCAGCUAUCUAGCUAGAGACAGAUCCGCGUCCCCCGGGUUGGAGGACCGGGUCGACGAGCAUCUCGAUUGCUCGUCCAAACAUCAUGAGACAGGGCAUUCACAGCCACGCGUGGAACGCCCCCAAGGUACUAAAAAACAUGAGAACCUCGGGGGUAGCCGUGUUAUGACGCAGGAUCGUUCAUAACAGCGUGAUGAAUAUUGAGGCCAUGUUUCUCUCUUUUG